CGGGUUCUUUAGCCUCGUUCCCGGGCUGUAUAAAGUUCGCCGGCCCCUUUGUUCGCUCUCAUUGCGUAGUUGCGUCUUUGCCUGCUCGUUGUUUAGGCACCUCGGGGGCCUUGGAGACCGAGGGGGCUAGAACGCGUGCGUACAAAGCCGAGUUUAGAACGCGUGGCGGCAACGGCGGGAAGCCGAAGCGACUUAAGCCAGAAGUAGCCGGAGAGCCCAGCGCCCUCCUUUGCCUCUCUUUGGCUAAUCGGUGCGUAGGAGAUGCCCAGCGGGAGGCUUUCGCUGCACUCCCCCCAGUUAGAAUAUAACAAAGUCAGAAUGGUUGAAGCAGAUCGUCCUGGGAAACUGUUCGUAGGGGGUCUCAAUACCGAGACCAACGAGAAGGCUCUUGAAGCUGUAUUUGGGAAGUAUGGGCGAAUAGUGGAAGUACUCCUGAUGAAAGAUCGUGAAACCAGCAAAUCUAGGGGGUUUGCUUUUAUCACUUUUGAAAGUCCUGCAGAUGCUAAGGAUGCUGCCAGAGACAUGAAUGGGAAGCUUCUGGAUGGAAAAUCAAUUAAAGUUGAACAAGCUACUAAGCCAACAUUUGAAAGUGGUGGUAGGCGGGGGCCACCACCUCCCCCAAGAAGCAGAGGCCCUCCAAGAGGCCUUAGAGGAGGAGGACGAGGAGGAAGUGGUGGAGGAACAAGGGGGCCACCAUCACGUGGAGGACACAUGGAUGAUAGCGGAUAUUCUCUUAACUUCAACAUGGGGUCUUCCAGGGGACCUCUUCCAGUAAAAAGAGGCCCACCACCACGUAGUGGCGGGGGUCCUCCACCUAAAAGAUCUGCACCUUCAGGGCCAGUUCGUAGCAGUAGUGGAAUGGGAGGAAGAGCUCCAGUUUCACGUGGGAGAGACAGUUAUGGAGGUCCACCCCGGCGGGACCCAAUGCCAUCUCGAAGAGAUGUUUAUAUGUCACCAAGAGAUGAUGGAUAUAAUACUAAGGACAGCUAUUCUAGCAGAGAUUAUCAAAGUUCACGGGAUAACAGAGAUUAUGCACCACCUCCAAGAGAUUAUGCAUACCGUGAUUAUGGUCAUUCCAGUUCACGAGAUGACUAUCAGUCUAGAGGCUACAGUGAUCGUGAUGGGUAUGGUGGUCGUGAUAGAGAUUAUUCAGAUCACCCCAGCGGAGGCUCCUACAGAGAUUCGUAUGAGAGUUAUGGUAACUCACGUAGUGCUCCACCUGCCCGAGGGCCCCCGCCAUCUUAUGGGGGAAGCAGUCGCUAUGAUGAUUACAGCAGAGAUGGAUAUGGUGGAAGCAGAGAAAGUUACUCAAGCAGCCGAAGUGAUAUCUACUCAAGUGGUCGAGGAGAUCGUGUUGGCCGACAAGAUAGAGGGCUUCCCCCUUCUAUGGAUAGGGGAUACCCUCCUCCACGUGAUUCCUAUAGCAGCUCAAGCCGCGGAGCACCAAGAGGUGGCCGUGGUGGAAGCCGAUCUGAUAGAGGAGGAGGCAGAAGCAGAUAUUAAAAAGAAAAACCUAAGUUUUUGGACCAAAACCCCCUUUCAAAAAACACAAAGCAAGUGGAACUUGUUCUUUACUACCAGAGGACUACUAAAAAAGAAAAAAAUGUUUUUACUUUUUUUUUAAUUGUUAAGUUUCCCCUCCAUGAUUUUUAUGCUUUUGUGAAGAACAAGUUAAAGCAAUGUUUAAUUACAUUUGAAAUUUGUUUAUUUCUUUCCAAAAAUCAGAUGUUUAAAAUGUGUGAAAUUUGAGCUCUGUGUUCUAGUGUUGUAAGUUUCGAAAGUAAAGUUUCCCUGAAAAGCUACUUCCCAACUGAUUUCCUGACAAUUGAGACAAGCAGUUCUUAAGACCUUCCACAAACAUCCAACCAUCUAAAAUGGAAAUGGAUUCUUCUACUUGUUCAAACCUAUCAUUCUAAACCAAUUAGCUAUUUUCUGGAGGGUGGUUGGGGGUUGUCCUGCUCCUUAAGAUUUCAGGUUAUCCUUUUGAAAACUGAAAUCUAUACAAGAAUUCCCAGUAUAUCAGAUGCUUAGUGAGGAAAAAACACUCAGUAAACUUGAAACCACAAAUGGAUAGUCAUGACUAUACUUUGCCUUUCUUCCAUUUCUUGUGAAUCUGCAAGACCAACCCCCCCAAAUAAAAAAGCAUUUACAUGUAUUAAACAACUACAGAAUUCUAAAUAAAAAGGUUUGACCGGUUCCAACAACGAAGCUUCAAAAAAUGAUACUUGCUCUUACUGUUUCAAAUUUUUGCAACUCUGUAGUGUCUCACUUUUAAAGGAACAGCUUGAUUCCAAAGGCAAAGGAGAAAAUAGAUAAGCAAAGAAGUUUAAUCUUCAACUUCUCAAAGGCUAAUGACUUCUAAAAACAAGUGACUCUUUCAGCAUUCCACUUCAGAUAUAAAGCAUCAAAUGCCUGUGAAACAGCAAAGAUGGCUGAUUAUUGCUGUGUCAGGAAUGCUGAUGUUAAAAUGCUGACAUGUUAAUGUACUAGAGAUGAAAAUAGCAUCUAUGAUAACAUAAGAGUCACUACAGAAGCAGGAUGCUGAAAUAUCACUGAAGUCAGUUGCAUCAAAGAGUUUUUGCCUUGGAUGAUGAUUCCUGUGAAACUGAGCUGAACAAAGGGAUCCCUUGUUGGGCUACUAUUACCCUUAACCGUAACAUGAUCCUUACAGGAAAUGUUAAAAAGUUCAGGUGUAUAUGUAGUAGGAGAAAGUACUCAUUUUUUGGUAGCGUGAGGUUUUACAGUUGGAAUUUGGGGGAAUCUUGCUGGGUGGUUUUUUUUUUUUUCCCCAGUCAAGUUGUAGGAAUAAAUUUGCCAUUAAAAUCUUUUAAAUUUUCUCAAAUAAAAGACUAGCAGGAAUGAGGUUUGGGUAAAUGAAGACAAGUAGAGCUGCCUAUAGGGAAACAAUUGGUAGGAAGGAAUUUGUAACCCGUCAGGGACUUUCAAAGAUAAUAGUCAUUCAGAUAAUUCAUCUGUGAAAAAUUGGUUUACUAUGAAAUCCCCAAGUUGGGAAAUCUUUUUUAAAUUGCCCAAGAAUAAAUGAUUGUUUUGUGUUUUUUGAAACUGUUACAUUAUAUAAUAACUCCUUUUCCCUUUCUCCCCACAAUUUGGAAAACUAGUAGCUGAAGCUAGCAGAAACAGCCAACUGCUACAAAGGUAGAGAUCAUGGAGGUUUUUUAUCCCCCCCCCCCCCCCCCCAAUUGGUGAAGAUGUUAACAUUUAGUUUUAUGUUCCCUUUCCCUUAUGUGCUUGCAGUACUGACUUACCACAAUAAAAAGGGAAUUAAUUCAUGGGGGUAGGAUAUUUUCUCAGCUCAUUAGUGAAAACUAAGCUUGCAUUUAGGAAAAAUUUAGAUUAACAUCACUUUUUUCAUCUUUAUGAACUUGUCUGCAUCUGUGUUCUAAUAUAUUGACAUAACUUCUACUUAGGCUCUGGUCAGAAGCUUCAAAUAGCUAUUUGAGACAGAAAUUUUGACAAUUUACUUACUUUUGUUUCCCCUGGCUCAUCCUGCUUUGAAAAGAUAAUAGCUUGCAUUAAUACAGUGCUUCGGAGGGGGAGCACUGGCUAUUUUUUUUAUAUGUAUAAGCAUUGGUUUCUUGUAGAUGAACUCUGUUGUAGUAGACCUUAGAAAAAUAAUUGAGCGGGUUUAAGAGUACUAACCAGUUAAGUCCAAUUUGUGAAAUGAAUGAAGGAUAAAUUGUUGCAUCUCUUUCAAGACAGGCAACUUGGGAAGGUCUCAGGUUUCCUUUACACUGUCUGGUUUGAAAGGUCAAAUCUCAAGCAUAAUCACUUGAGGAAAUAAAAUGGACACUUUGACUUAGCAGGUUGACUACUUCUUUAGAACAAAUGUGGUAAUUGAUAGUAACAAUGUAAUAAAUGUCUGUGCUAUCACUAGCUAGAGCGGGUUCAGAAAACCUUUCAUCUCAUUUAUUAUUAAAGUGUUUAUAUUGUACAUUUUUGGUUUCAUUGAAUAAAUGUAUGGUUUCCUCCA